CAGCCAAUCAGAACCGAGGGGGGCGUGGCUCUCCGGAAACUGGUUCUCUGAUAGAGAGAGAGAGAGAGAGAGAGAGAGAAGUUAUCGGACAAGCUCGAGUCUCGUGCGCGCGUGUGUGUAUAUGUUUGUGUGUGAGCGCGCGCGCGUCCAGGUGCAGGUCUGUGUGUCGCGCGCUGCCGUGUGUCCGUUGAUGAGCGAUGCCGAAGUGAGCGGCGGGAGAUCGGUGAAGCGCGUGCGUGCGGGUGAAUAAAGAUAAUGGGGUCGGUCACGGAGAGUCCGGAGGAGAGCGCGAGCAAACCGGCGGUGAAGUGCGCGUGCCAGAGUCGGUGCGGCGGCAGUGGCGGAGGAGGAGGAGGAGGAGGAGGAAGCUGGAAAGCGUUCGCGGGUCUGUUCGCGCUGUCGCUCGCGCUGCACCUCGUCACGCUCGCGUGCUACGUCGAGCUGCGCUCCGAGGUCGAGCGCGAGAUCCGGAUCCAGAAGAGCGGCAGCGGCGCCGAGGCUCCUCCGGUCCCCGCGCGAGGAGGAGGAGGAGGAGGAGGAAGAGGAGGAGGAGGAGUGCACGAGCAGAUCAGAGUGGAGAGAGAGACGGAGGAGAAAAUCAUCCUGCGCUCCAAACGCUCAGAAUCGCCCGGAAAUGGAAAGAGGAAGGGAGAGAGGAAGAAAGGUAAAAAAGGCCCACCUGGUGCUCCAGGACCUCCAGGACCUCCUGGCCCUCAGGGACCCCCGGGAAUACCGGGAAUUCCAGGAAUUCCGGGAAGCAACGCAAUGGGGCCACCGGGACCACCAGGACCCGCUGGACCUCCGGGACCUCAGGGACCACCCGGAGCUCAGGGAACACCUGGUGGAGGUGAGAGAAGCAGGUUCAGAGACACACAGCCGGCCGUGGUACACCUACAGGGUCAGGAGACAACCAUCCAGGUGAAAGAAGAUCUCUCCGAAGGUGUCCUGAAGAACUGGAAGACGAUCGCGAUGCACCAGCGCGUGUUUAAGAUGCACUCACGCUCCGGAGAGCUGGAGGUGCUGCAGGACGGGACGUACUUCAUCUAUAGUCAGGUCUACUUCCUGAACUUCACGGACAUCGCGAGUUACGAGGUGAUGAUUGAUAAGGAUCCGUUCCUCCGGUGCACACGCAGCAUAGAGACCGGACAGCGCAAGUUUAACACGUGCUACACAGCCGGCGUGUGUUGGCUCCGUGCCAGACAGAGGAUCUCCAUCCGCAUGGUGUAUGACGACACCUCCAUCUCCAUGACCAACCACACCACCUUCCUCGGGAGCAUCCGCCUUGGAGAAGCCCCGCCCACCGGACACAGCUGAGCCAAUCGGAUUGAGGACAAACCGCCCACGGGAUAUGCCUGAGCCAGCUCUCAGUUAUCAUCCUCAAACAAAGCCAAACUGGCUCAUAGACUCCGCCCAUAACAAUACGUGAGCCAAUCAGCUUGCAGAUUCCACCUACCAGAUAUCACCAAACACAGAUGACUUCAUCAGCUCACUUACUUCCUGAAUAGAAAAAAAAUUCCAGGCCAAUCAGCUCACUCCAUAUUCACCAAGAACUCAUUCAGCAACAUCUGCUCUUAAACUCCACCCACCAGCCCAGCUGAACCAAUCAUUAUGAAGGCUCCACCCACUGCGGUCCAUGUCCACAAGGCGCAGCUUGUCUAGACAAGCUAAAUCAGCUGACAGGCUCCACCCAACACACACAACUGCACAUGCGUCAAUCAGCUUAAUGACUCCGCCCACAAGAUACACCUGCACCAACACACCUGCGUCAAUCAGCUUAAUGACUCCGCCCACAGGAUACACCUGCACCAACACACCUGCAUCAAUCAGCUUAAUGACUCCGCCCAGUGAAAACUGUCACUCAGAUUUGAGCUGAUUGAACAGAAGCUCCGCCCCCUUUGCUACUGCUUAUCCAAUAACUGAGAUCACGCCCACUUUAUCAGCUGGAGUUAAUGACAUAGCUUUGUGUUUAACUCCUCUCAGGUGGAUCCACUUCUGUCUGAUCACGUCACCGAAUAUCUCAUGACCAAUCAGAACACUCAUAAGGGUCAGCGAUGAAGGGUCACAUGAUCAAGCUCAGCCUAUCACAAGCCUGUUUCAGAUCCACUCAGAGUGAGUCGAAACAGAGAGAGAGAGAGAGAGAGAGAGACUCUGGGGGGGAAAAUGCAAAGGAGACAUUUUGUUACAGAAACUGAACACACACAGAAUAAACAUACACACAUACAGCAUGAACACACAAACACACACAGAAUAAACACACACAUACAGCAUGAACUCACUUACACACACAGAAUAAACACACAAACAGAGAAUGAACACACACACACACACACACACACAAUAAACACACACAAUGAACACACACAAAAUCGAAAUAGUAUGAUGUUAAAUAUCAGGUAAUUACAAUUUUAUAAAGAAAAAGAUUAUAAUGUGAACAGACUUGCGUAUAAUUAGGUCGUCAUUUUACACAUUUUUUUAUCACAUUAAUAUUUUUACAGUUUAGGAUUUUAUCACACUAAUGUCUUUUUUUUAUCCAGUGAAGAGAAUUAUGGGAUUGUGCUCCAGUCCCUGGAGUUAUUAUAUCAUCAUGUUUAUAAAAGAAACCCUUUCCAAUCUUACUGGAAACGUCCCCGUGUGUGUGUGUGUGUGUGAGACAGUCGUUUAAUGAUGCUUGUAGUGUGUGUUGUGUAACUCAGGAGUGUGUGUGGUGUGUGUAAAUGUGUGUGUUUAUCGUGUACAUUUGUAUACUAUGCAGCGAGUGUAAAUAUGUAGAUACACGAGUUCUCCUUUUGCUCUGUUUCUGUAAAGUUUUGUAUUAAAUAUUUUUCUCACACA